AUGGGAAAAAAAUCAAAAGUAAAAACUCCUGCACCUCAAGCAUCGUCCAAACCAAAAAAAAUCAAUCCAUUUGAUUUGAAGUACAAUAGAAAUAAACAAAAUGUACUUGGAGCUAAAAAAUCUAUUGCAGGGACUCCAGGACUUUCUAAGAAACGUGCAAUGGAUAUAAGAAAGCAAAAUCUUGGUGCAGAACUUAAUCGUUUUGGAAAAUCAAAUGUAAUUAGGGACAAACGUCUUGGUGAGAGAGACUUAACACUCACAGAAGAACAAAAGGCAGAAUUAAGAUUUAAAGUACAAAAAGAAAAAUUUUUCAAAAAAAAAGCUUCAAAAUAUAAUCUUGAAGAAGGCAUACAUGAAGAUUUGACUCACAAAGGGGCCAAGUUAACGAAUAUUCAGAAAUUUGAAAAAAUGGAUAUGAGUGAUGAAGAAGGAGAUCUUGAUCCUACUCUUCUUGCUGAUUCCAAUUUUGGUGGAAGUGCUUUUGAGAAUGUCAAUGAAAUUCCAUUAGGAGAGAGAGUCAAAACUAGACGAGAAAUUUUAAAUGAAGUUAUUGCAAAAAGUAAACAGUUGAAAUAUGAAAAACAAAAGGAAAAAGAAGCAUGGGCUGAUGAGACAAAAAAAUUAGAUAGUAUGUUGAAUGAUUUACGAAAUGCGGGUCAACUGAAGGGUCUUGUUAUGAGAAAGUCAACAGAUGAAGAACAACCAAAACAAAGUAUUGAAGAUUCAGAAUACGAUUAUUUGUUUAAAUCUCUUAAACUUGAUUGUGGUAAGAUGGCUGUUGCAGAGAAAGGAAUAAAGUUAAAUCCCGAAAGAAAGAGGAAAGUAAGUGUUGUGGUUGAAGAUGAUGAGGAUUUGAAGAAGAAAAAGGACGAUGAAUUUGAAUUGAGAUUUGAUGAGCAUGGAAAAGUUGUAAAUCUUCCAAAAGAUGAAAAAUAUUCAAUUACAAAAAUACGUACUGGUUCAGAUACCGAAAGUGAAGAUAGUGACGACUGCGAUGACGAUGACAUUGAUGAUAUUUUAAAUUCAGAGAAUGAAGAUAACGACGAUACUGAGAUUAACGAUGAUCAACUUGAUGAAGAGGAAAAUAUUACAGAUGAAGAAGAAAUCGAAGAUGAAGAAAAUACAUCAAGUGAAGUAGAUGAAUCAGAUGAAGAAGAAACCAUUAAUGAUAAAGAUAUUGUCAGUUCUUACGAAGAAUUAGUGAAUGAACUUGAAAAAGUUUCUUCUACCAAAACAGUAUUAGAAUAUAUUGAAGAACUUUGUGAAACAUAUCAUCCAUCCAAAAAACAAGGGAACAAAGAAAAACUUGGAAAAUUAUUUGUUUUUCUUCUUAGACAUUUUGACAAAACAUUCAAAGAAAUAGAAGAUGAAUCUACUAUUAACUCUCUUUCUAUUCACAUUCGUGCCUUAUAUAAAUUGGUUAAAUUUGAUCCUGACUUUGCUUUACAUUGUGUUAGAUCUCUUCUAAAACAGAAAUUCAAAACACGUCAUCAAAAAGAUUUGACUGGUCCAAUUACUUUUGAUAUAAUUGCUUUCUACAAAUUAAUUCCAUGUAUAUUUAGGACAGAUUCAUAUUUACAUCUAAUUUCAACACCAGCAACUUUGGUAUUUAUGGAUAUUUUAAAUACAUGUCAUAUAAAGAAUUCAAUUGAUGCUGCUAAAACAUCAUUCUUUAUCACUCUUUAUGUAACGUCAUUUGAAAGGAACGACUUUUUCUGUCCCGAAAUUAUUGCUCAUUUAAAAGGUCUCCUUAUGAUGUGUGUUCAAAACAAGGAAAAUGAAACAUUUCCAACACUUCAAUUCCCUUUAAUUUAUCCAUACAGAACAGCAUUAUAUAUAUCUAAGUCAUAUAAAGAUGCUAAUAUUAAACCUUUAAGUAUAAGUAAGUUAUUUGGAAACAUUUAUAAUGAAGAUGAUGUUGGAGUAACUUUAUCUACAAUAACAGCUAUCAUUAAAAAUCUUCAAUUUUUUACUACUGCUUACACAAAAUAUUCCUGUUCAUUUGUUGCUACAUUUGAACCUUUCUUAAAAUUAUUGAAAAAAAUGCCUCUUGAAAAUUAUCCUGAAUCUUUAGAAAAACUUUGUAGAGAUACUAUACAAUUAAUAGAAAAUGAAAUUAUAAAAAAUUCUUCUGUUAAGAGAUUAAGCAAACCACAAACAGAAAUAAAAAUGCUUAAGAUGUUAGAGCCUGAUUUUGAUGAAGAUUUCAACCCUGAGCGUAAGAAGAUUAAGAAGGAUGCCGCUAGUCAAAAUAAACAACUUAAGCAAAAGCUCCGUAAAGAGACUAAGGGUGCUAUAAAGGAACUUAGGAAGGAUGCUCAAUUUAUUGCACAAAAAAGACGUGCCGAUCUUGAUGCUAUCAAUCAAGAAAGAAUUCAAAAGACUGCUACAAUCAUUCGCCAACUUCAAGGACAGGAGUCAGAAGGCAGGCAGCGUUUCUACAAUAAAUAA